CAAAGUAGGCUGGGGAUGGUUAAGAUAUCUCAUUCAAAGAUAAAAGCCCAAUUGGCCUAAGCCCAAAAUUAAACCCGCAAAAAGUUUUUAAUCUAAACCCUAGCCCGAAAAGCCGGCUCCCGACACUCUGUGGCUCUACUCGGUUUCGUCGCUUCAGUGAAAUGGGGGCCAAGCAACAGAAAGUUUUGAAGAACUUAAAGAAAGCCUCUUCACAGUUAUCAAGCCCUAGUGACAUGAAAGAAGCAGCUGAUUUCUUGCCGCUUGAAGGUGGGCCUGGGUAUAAGCUUCCUGAGGAAAAACCACCAGUAUAUAAGGCCACAGUUUUGUAUAUUGGCCGGAUUCCGCAUGGGUUUUAUGAGAAGGAAAUGCAAGCUUUCUUUGGCCAAUUUGGUAUAAUCAAGAGGCUAAGAAUUGCAAGAAAUAAAAAGACCGGAAAAUCAAAGCAUUUUGGCUUCCUCGAAUUUAAGGAUCCUGAGGUAGCUGAAGUUGUGGCUGAUACUAUGCAUGGUUAUCUUUUGUUUGAGCACCUUUUGCAAGUUCAUCUUAUUCCUCCAGAGCAUGUUCAUCCCAAAUUGUGGAAAGGCUUUAAUUAUCGAUACAAGCCCUCAGACAGGGUUCAAGUGGAGCGGAGGCAACAAAACAAGGAAAGAACUUUGGAAGAGCACAGGAAGUUGGUGGAGAAAAUCAUGAAGCGAGAUCAGAAGCGGCGCAAGAGGAUAGAAGAUGCUGGUAUUGAGUAUGAGUACCCUGAAAUUGUGGGUAGUGUCCAGCCAGUUCCGAAGAAGAUAAAGUUUGAUGAAGAAUAGGUGUGCUAUCUUGUUGUAGUUUUGGCACAAUAUCAGCAUUACUUUUUGCUAGGUUGAUUUGAGAUUGAAGGAACUAUAGCGAAGGCAAGGCAGGCUCUCAUCCAACCCAAAUGCUAAAAGAUCAUUGGUGUUUAUAAAGUUUAUAGUUUUUGGCUUUUGACAACAAUAUAGAUUCUAUCCUACUGUAGCAUUUAAUAUAUAGAAUGUCUUGCUUGAUCA